UAGUGGUUAUAGCUCUCGUACUUUGUGUGGGAGACUGGGGCUCGAUUCCUCUUGACAGCGAUUCAACAUGGGCGAGUGAAUGUUACCAUAGCCCCGGGUUAACCCGAACUAUGUGAGGGAAAUUGGAAAGAUGGCAUACUGUGUGGGCUGUUUGGAUGUUGCCGGGAGUUGUCUAGUAGAGCGCAGGCCCUAAUUGGGUCUGCAUAGCUCAAAAUGAGCAUUUAAUACUCUAGGACUCUCCAUCUAAGUCAUGGCCUCUCCCGGAAAUAUUAGACAGGGUAUAUAUAUCCCUCAAUAUUUGUGAGGCUAGCCAUGUAAAAUAAGCACAUCUAUCUAUCUAUCUUUGUUCCCGUAGUGAUGAUUGACAUUUUGCUUAAUUGACGAAUCAAAUUUGUGCUACAUCCACCAUUUUUGAAAUUUCACCGGGAGGUGGAGGGGAGGCAAAAGUUUAAUAGCCAUAGUUUAAUUGAUUGUUUGUUCUCAAGGCUUUUUUAAUUCCACACCAAAAACUGCAACCAGUUUUAUCUACUAAUAGCGUCCUGACAACGAACAAUGAUUUAAUCAUUCAGCUUGAUUGUCUUUAAAAUUUUGCUGAAAACCUGUCUCUACCAAGGAAUAUUUCGUUAUAACAACAAAACAUUUUUUAUCACUUUUAAAGUCAGAGUAAAGUGUUUAUUUUUGCCACAAAAAUCAUUCUGAAAUAUUCUAUUUUAGUAGAAACAGAAGGCUUAUCCAGUACAAAUAUUAGGACACUUUAAAUCUAGCCAGUAUAUAACAGAUACAAACUAAAUAAAUAAUUUAACCAUCUUAGUUUUUAUCAUUUACAAAGAACAUGUAAACACUUUUGUACAAAUUACAUAACAUGUUCUUUAUUUAAAAGCAAUGGAUGAAGACAGUACAAAACAAGAACAUGUGCCUACAGAAUCUACAGCAGUCACUGCAGAAGAUGAAUGUGCUGAAAAUUCAACGUUGCUAAACCAAGAAAUUAAAAACAAUGAUAUAGACAUGGAAAAUACUGAUGUUGCAGUGAAAAAUGUUGGAAAAAAUAUUGAUGUCUGUCCAGUUAAAACUUCUGAAACAACUUUGCAAUGUUUUGAUUGUAAUGUUCAAGACUGUGUUAUGUGGAGAAAACUUGACGUAGAACGAAUUAUUUGUAAUAUCUGUCACUUAAAACGAAUAAAGAACAACUCUGCUCAAAGCACUAUUAAUGGGAAAAACAAUAGUGUGGGAAAUGUGACUUCAAAUACAAGUGCAAGAGCUAAAGAUGCACCUACUGCAGUUAGAAUAUCAAAACGAAAAAGCAAGGUAAAUAAAAAGUUUACAAAUGGAGUAUACGCUGAUCGAAUAAUUAAAAAUGGAAAUUCAAAAAAUAGACGUAAUUUAUUCAAAAAGAAACCAUUUAAAUCCACAAAAGGUGUUGCAUCCAUAGUAGCGUCGAACUGUAUCUAUCAUGAUGGACUGCUGUAUGAAGUGGGUGAUAUCGUUUGCACAAGUGAUAUCCAUGGAGGAACGUAUUUCGCACAGUUACGUGGCUUUCUGCAAGAUGAUUUUUGUGAGAAAAGUGCUGUGAUUACCUGGUUAAUUCCAACGGUUGCCAAUUUACAUCAUUUCGAUCCCAUGCUGUUUGUGCCAGGUUUAGACGAGGAAACUGCAAGACCGAUGGAGUGUUUUAGUUUUGUUUGUCACGCUCCUACGAAUUUGUUUAAAGCACGUGGUGUGCAUCCACCAUACCAUCGAACGCAAUCGAGUCUUGACAAUUUAAUUUAUGUCGCUCAAAGUAUGAAAGAUACGAACUUUACAGAAGAAAAAAUAACCGAAGAUAAAGAAACUGAAAUUGUCUCUCCGGUGGAGAACAUUGUUGAAGACAAGACUUAAGAAGAUCUGUUUUGUUUACUUUGUUAUUUGAUGAAAAACGAUUAUUUAUUUUGCUCCUUUUUUCAACACUCUACAAAUAUUUUCACCUAGCACUUUGUGUAUCGACCUAUUUUUUGUAUACCUUUCGGGUAAUAAAGUCGGUAUAAAUUAUGGCUCAAUAAAUAAUAUUUUCUACCGAUCAAAA